AUGAUCAGAAUCGUCGAGCCCGCUCAGUCAAAUAAAACCAAGACUUUGUUGCCCUGGUACCUGGGUCAACAGGGUAGUGAUUGGCUUGAUGCCAUUCAGUGCUUGACUGCAGGUAGUAAUGGCUACAAGGAGAACCAGCAGUCUUUAAAUAACGGCUCCAACAACCACUGGGUCACCAAGAAUACUCCGUGGAGCUGGGGCUACCUGAAGCGACAAGAUAUUCCCGUGCAGUAUGCGAUUGCUGAGGGAUGGACUGCAGGAGACAUGUAUCAGGUAAGAUCUCAGGCCCGAGGAAAAGAAGGAACUAAUGAGAGACAGGAGAGUCAAAUCACGGCCACCAACCCCAACCGAGUCACUUUGGUCAGUGGCUCGAUCAAUGUACCUGGCAGCCCUCAGAAUAAGGACCAGGGGGGUGUAUACAUCGACAACAAUGAGGUUCCAGGCUGCGAUGACCAUGGCAUCAACUGCUACCCAUUAAAAUGGAAAACAGUCUAUGAUUUCUACGAAGCAGCCGGAGUCUCAUGGCAACUCUACCAAGACAAGAACAACUUCGACGACAACCCUCUGGCCUGGUUUGAACAAUUCCAAAAAGCAUCCAAAGAAAGUCCCCUCGCUAAGAAAGGCACAUCAUUCGUUGGCCUGGACGCCUUCUACCAAGCUGCCGCGAAUGGCACCCUGCCAGAAGUCAGCUUCAUCGUCGGCCCGGCCGAACUCUCCGAGCACCCGCCAUACAUGCCCAAAGACGGAGCCUGGCUUCAGAAGAAGGUUGUCGAUGCGGUGACCAGUAGUCCGAAAUACAAUUCCACUCUCUUGAUGAUCAGCUAUGAUGAGACAGGUGGCUUUGGUGACCAUGUCACACCUUUCCACUCUCCUAGAGACACCCCAGGAGAUUGGAUGGAGGACCCAUUGGGUCUGUUCGAGGAUAUUUUCGUCGGUCCAGGAUUCCGAGUCCCUUUCUAUAUGAUUUCUCCUUGGACGCGAGGAAAUCGCGUCUUCACAGAGAGGGCUGAUCACAAUUCUCAGAUCCUCUUCGUUGAAGAAUGGCUCACGGCCCGGGGGUACAGUAAUGUCCGUACUGAUCAGAUGGUUUCAUGGAGGCGCAAGCACAUGUCGAACCUUGUCAACGCCCUUGAUUUCGAUCAUCCGGACUACACUCUGCCUCAUAUUCCCGAUGCUGCUACCCCGGAGACCAACUCGAAAAGUGAUUAUGUGGGUUCGUCGAAUUGCCAAUCUCGUCACGCUCAGACAAGACCUCCUGUUCCGUACGGAGAACAGAACAUCACGGAUACCAACUCCUUGUGGUUCGAAGAAGGCUAUAAAGAGGUGAUUGGAUAUCUGACAGAGGGUCGAUUCUUGGUUAUUGAGAAAGACGGAAUGGCUAUCACGAAUACCGGAACAGACAAAAUCACUACCAGUCGUGCAACCUCGCAGCACAGCGCCAAGUCUCAGCGCUGGGUCAUUCAUUACAAUAAAGACGAGGAAAGCCAGGUCUUUACCAUAUCUAGUGCGGUUGACGGGCGCUGGAUUGGCUCCAACGGUGUCUUGCUCCCCAAGAACCAGGGUGCAAGUGCAGCACAGGUGCACCUCUCUUUCCAGGGGCCUAGUCACGGCUAUACUUUGCAGUUCGCCGACCAAAAGCAGUACAUUGACAUCAACGGCCAAGGUGUUUUGAGCGUUGGUCGCAGGGCUGAUACUACCGGUGGCUACAAGAUUUUCAGCGUUUCUUACAGGGACUAA